ACGCCUUAGUUUGGGUCCCGCCUCUUUCCGGGCUGGUAGAAAGCCCACAUGGAGGAGCAAACUAAGCACGCUGGCUCUUGUGUCUGUAAGUCCUGAACUUGGAAGGCUGAAGUUUGAAAACUGCUUUGUUUCAGGCCAGUCAGAGGUCACUGAAUUCGUGUGAAAUUAUAAAUCUAUCCGAGAGGGCAGCAGAACUAACUCAGGAAGAAUGGAGGGGGACCAGUUGGAAACCUUGGACUUCCCUUCAGAAGCUUUGCACACUGAGGUGACCAUGGUGGUGACAGGAGAGCCGCCGGGUGCCAUGGAGGAAGAGCUAGAUAAUGAGGAAGAGGAGGAAACCUCCUCAGAAGUCAUAGAUUCACUGUACCUUCUGGACGUGCUGAGGGUGUCUGCAAUUAUGGAGGACAUCAUCGACCAGCUCUCUAUCCUAGGCUACAUCAUUCCCGUCCAGUACGAAAGAAAGCAGAGCGUCAACCAGAAAACCAGCCAUGAAAGAACAUCUCCUUUGGCAACUAAAGAAAAAUCCAUGAUGUCAGAAACCAUACACCGAGGCCAGGAUUCUAUCUUUAAAAAACCUACACGGCAGACCAUGAUGACUCUGGAGAUACUGAAGAAAAUUCAGAAUGACAGGCAGUAUUUCAGUGACGUGAUUGCAAAUGCCAUGAAGGAGAUGCAAGACUCUGGGUCAUUCCAGAGUCUCCUGGACGCCUUGGGAGAAGAAAGAGAUAGCAAAAUGAACUUCCAUGAAGUCAUCACCAGGGAGGAAAAAGGAAGAAGAAAGAUAAAAUCUCUUCAGAAACAGUUAAUUGAUGUCAAAAAGGAGCGUCAAAUGCAAGUACAGAAUGGGAAUGAAUACAUUGCUCACCUCAAAGACCAGCUACAAGAGAUGAAGGCCAAAACCAACAUGGAGAACCUUUAUAUGAAAAGAAACGCUGAGCUGCAGAUUACCCAGACCCAGAAGAAAUGUAACAGAGCAGAGGAGCUCUUGCUGGAGGAGAUUGAGAAACUGAGGGUGAAAACUGAGGAGGAGAACCGAGUUCACAUGGAGAUGGAAAUGUUCCUUAAGAAAGAGCAGCAGAAACUUGAGGAGAAGCUAGAGUUCUGGAUGGAGAAAUUUGAUAAAGACACCGAAGCAAAACAGAAUGAGUUGAAUGCUCUCAAGGCUGCCAAGGCCACCGACCUAUCACACCUUCAAGACCUUGCAAAGACAAUCCGGGAGUAUGAACAGGUCAUCAUUGAGGACAGGAUGGAGAAGGAGAAGACCAGGAAGAAGCUGGAGCAGGACGACCUGGAGCUGAAGAGCAUCGUGAAGCUCCAGGCCUGGUGGCGAGGAACAGUGGUCCGGAAGGAAAUUGGCGGUUUCAAAAUGCCCAAGAAAGAGAAAGAUGACAGCAAAGAUUCCAAAGGCAAGGAGAAGGAAAAACGGAGAGGCAAGAAGUGACGAGCAUCUGCUGUUCUUCCAUCUGGUCUCCAGGGACACACAGGUGCCGUCACAACACUCACCUGUGGCUUGCCAUCCAGGAGGCCUACGGAUUUCACUAGGCCCAUUACCCUAGUUUUCAAACCCCGAAUGGGGGUGUAACAUGGCUGUGGGGCCUCUUCAGACUGUGCACUUUGGGGAAAGAAGUGUUGAGCAGCUUUGUGGACAUUCUUUCUCAUGAGAAAACAGAUCAUAGGCUUAUAGCGGUGCACUAAAAAGUCUGGUGUAAUAUUUUAUUCUGAUUUUAUGCCAAUAUUCAGGGAGAAUUAUCAAGGUUAUCUGCUAGCAAAAUAUGU